AUGUCGAGGGGCAUCGGCGCCGGCGCGUUGGUUCGUCAGAUGAACGUAUCGUCGCUGGGCUUCGUCGGGGGUUUGCUCUACGCCAUCCGUAGAGCUGGCAGGUCCCCCCCCGAGCCCCCAGACUACCUCAAGUGCCCCGUCACCCAGGAGCUCUUCACCGACCCCGUGAUCUUAUCGCAGACCGGGUACACCUACGACAGGCCCGCCAUCGACAGGUGGCUGCGACAGAAGUUCCCGCCCACGGACCCGUCCUCGAACGUGGAGCUCUGGACCACGGAGACGGUACCCAACUGGGCGUUGAGGGACGCCGUGAACGAGUGGUGCGCCGCCAACGGCACGCGGCAGCUCGACGCCCCGACGCACUCCAAGAGACACGUCGCCGGCGGGCGCAACGCCCGAGACGCCAAACCACCGCGAGACGGCUCCUCGGGUCCGUACGGUCGACGCCCCGGGGGAACAGGAUGGCUGCUGUCCGCACUGCGCGGUGAGCUCGCGGCGCAGGUGGCGCACGACUUUGCCAGGUGGGCGAUGAACGGCGUGGGUAUGCCAGCGCCGGCGGCGGCGCACCUCUUUGCGUUUGGCGUCCUCGCCGGGUGCUGCGUCGCCAUGACAGCGUUACUGGUGACGUGCGAGUGGGCGCUGAGGGUGACGGGGGCGAGCGCGCGGGACCUUCAGCUGGACGCGUCGUUCGCGCAUCUCGCCGGUCCGCUGUCGUCGCUGGUGUGGUGGGCGGGUAUAUUCAGCGUGGUGUACCUGGCGCAAGGAGGGUUCGUCGAUCCCAUAAGGGCGGACAUGGAACGGAGGCGGCGGCACAGGCACCACCACCGACACCACCCCAGGCUCGGACCCUCGCUCAUCCACCGAUUCUGA